GUAUUACUACAUCACAAUAUUGCCCUGCAUUUUUUUUGCUGUUGCUUUUUCUUACCGUAGGACAAUCAAAGGCCUGCACGUGAACUUUGCGCCACCCUCCAAGCCGGGGCUGACCAUGGCUUUAUCUAUCAUGCUUGGCCGUCGCUUCCCUAAGCUGUUUGGCUUCACUGACAUGGAUAUUCAGGGUCUCUACCCCUGCAUGGAGAAACAGGUGGUGGAGCCCAUCAAAGAGACUGGCUAUAUGCACAUCCAGGCCACCAAGCCUGACACCGUGGGUCGGGGACUGAAUGACUCCCCAGUGGGUCUGGCUGCCUACAUUCUGGAGAAGUUCUCCACAUGGACAAGCCGCAACUUUAGGAACCUGGAGGACGGAGGACUCACCAGGAAGUUCUCUCUGGAUGACCUGCUGACUAAUGUGAUGAUCUACUGGACAUCGGGCUGCAUUAUCUCCUCUAUGAGGUUCUACAAGGAAAACUUCGGCAAAGGCCUCGACCAGCCUCACUCUAAGAUACCUGUGUACGUCCCCACUGGGUUUGCCUGCUUCCCCAACGAGCUGAUGCACACUCCCAAACUAUGGGUCGAACAGAAAUACCGUAAACUCCUGACCUUCACACCCAUGGCCCGUGGCGGCCAUUUUGCUGCAAUGGAGGAGCCCCAGCUGAUGGCCGAAGACAUCCAGAACUUCACUAAGACAGUGGAGCAGAAAAACAAAUAGUAGGUGGUGGACUGAUGACAGAGUGAACUAACUAAAAGUGUAGAAUGAAGGUGUUGAUAUGCAGAUGGAUGUAAUAAGCAGAGAAACCGAGUAAACAUGUUUUUACAUAAAAGACACGUUUACAGCCUGUCAGUACCAGAAACCAGCAUUCAUUCAUUCCUUAAACUUCCCCCAGCCUUGUAGCAUUUAACAGUUUACCAAGCAGCUGCAGAUGGGAGAUCAGGGGGUGCUUGUUGUUAUUGUGUUGACAGGCUGGACAAGGUGCCAGACAUUCCUCUGACUGAUAAUACUAACCCUCUAACAUGAAGCUACAUUAUGGCCUUAAACCUCUGCAUUAUGUUUGAUUUCACUGGAGUUUUUUUCCUAUUAAACUUAUUCAAAACUUGUUUUUGUAGUUUAAGCCUUUUUAAAACCUGAGCAAUGUGGCUUGAUUUCUUUCAAAAACAUCAGAA